CACUGGCGCCAGGGCCGCGCUUCCUGCUUAUCGUACUACGCGAUAAGAAAAUAAGUAAUGAAAAAAUAUAAAACGACCCGACGAAAUAACAAAAGCCAGCGGGGCCCGGGGCUGGGGAGGGGCUCGUUCUCUGGUGCCUCGGCCCAAGCGCAGCCGGGGCCUCCUCGCCCAGCGCGCCCUGAGGGAGGGGGGGGCCCCGCGGCCCCGGGGAAGGGAACGGGCCGAACAUCCCAGCCCAACCCACCCCGCCUCGUUCCCAAUAGAUCGGUCCGCGCCCCUUUUCCCCGCUAGCCCCCGAUCCCGAGCACCGCUCCCCCUCCCCCCCUCGCCAUCCCGGCACUAACGCCUCUCGUCCUCCCCGCCGCCAUCACCGCCAGCGCCGCUUCCGCCCCGCGAGGCCCCCCCUGCGCAGGUUGUCCCGCGCGCAGCCUGAACCCUCACCGCUACCUCCCGCGCUUCCCGCUCCGCGGCGGCUCCCAAGGGAUUCUCCUCACCCGCAGGGAGCGAGCGCUGCCGGACGCCAGGCGCGGGGCUAGCGCAGAGCGGCACAGGCAGCGCGGCGGACGGGCGGAAGAGCCAGCGGGAGCCCCGGGGCGGCGCCGUGCGGUGGCGGAUGGAGCUGGUGGCGGGGUGCUACGAGCAGGUGCUGCUGGGGUUCGCCACGCGGCCCGGCCAGUCUUGGACAGUCGUCCCUGAUUUUACACAUCAUGCCCACACUGCCUCAUUGUCAGCAGUAGCAGUGAAUAACAGAUAUGUGGUCACUGGAAGCAGAGAUGAGACAAUCCAAAUCUAUGACAUGAAAAAGAAGAUUGAACAUGGGGCGCUGCUACAGCACAAUGGCACGAUAACUUCUUUGGAGUUCUAUGGAACAGCACAUCUACUGAGUGGGGCUGAAGAUGGACUCAUUUGUAUCUGGAACACAAAGAGAUGGGAAUGUCUGAAAUCCAUUAAGGCACAUAAGGGACAUGUAACAUCUCUUUCUAUUCAUCCUUCUGGGAAAUUAGCUUUGUCAGUUGGAACAGAUAAAACAUUAAGAACUUGGAAUCUUGUUGAAGGACGAUCAGCCUUCAUCAAAAACCUGAAGCAAAAUGCACACAUAAUUAAAUGGUCCCCUGAUGGAGAGAAGUAUGUGACUGUGAUAGCAAACAAAGUGGAUAUCUACAGACUUGACACAGCUUCAAUCACUGGCACCAUUACAACAGAGAAGAGGAUUUCUUCACUUAGAUUUAUUACAGAUUCUGUCCUUGCCAUAGCUGGAGAUGAUGAAAUGAUUAGGUUCUACAGCUGUGACUCUCAAAAAUGCUUGUGUGAAUUUAAAGCUCAUGAAAACAGAAUAAAAGAUAUUUACAGUUUUGAAAGAGAAGGACAGCAUGUCAUUGUUACUGCAUCCAGUGAUGGUUACAUUAAAAUGUGGAAUCUGGAUCUUGAUAAGAUUAGAGAUGGGCCAUCUUUACUGUGUGAAGUCAAUACCAAAGCUAGGCUGACAUGUCUUGCAGUGUGGCUUGACCAAGCUUCAGAAAUGAAAGAAAACUCUGAUAAAACUGCAUCAUCAUCUCAAGUUUUCAGGGAACUGCUUAGAAUGGUAGAGGGGAGGCAGCAGUGCAGAGAGAGGAAACGUCAGCAGUGACAAAGCUGUCCUUGUCAGAAGGGGUGGGUGUGCAUGACACUGGGAGAGCAGAUGGAGCCAUAGCUGCAAGGAGCAACAGCUCAGGAAGCAGCAUCUCACCUGAGCCCCAGGUGAGUUCAACAGCUCCAGCAGCUGUGGAUUUCUACCAGUUUCCUUCUUCCCCUUUUGGGAAAUCCCUGUGCUGGAUCACAAAGCAGAGCCCAGUGAAGCUUGAACAUCAUAGCUAUUACAUAGCUUGAAUUAAAAAGGAAAUACCAUCUGUAUGGUAUUUCCAUAAUGCCAUUAUAGCUUAGAUAUGUGUUGGUUAUGGCACUUGGCACAGAGGGAGGAGAUUCCUACUUAAACCACUGAGGCCAACAAAGGAAUUAAAGUCUCCCCACUUUCUGACCAUUAUGCUUAUUCAUAAAGAUGGCAAAAUCUGAAAUGCAGUACAGAAAGCUGCAUUUUGCAGAGAGUACAGGCCUCUCAUGUUUUAUGCCUUCUAUUAUGAAGAGAAAUCCCCUUCAGUUUAGGGAUCUGGCUACAGGAGUACUUUUUCUUUCUAUACGGUGAAACAUCCAUGGAACAAUUCAAGUAAUAUCAUCAAUUUAUACGAAGAAAAUCCAUUUCAGCACUCAGAAAAGAGAAAGAGUUUAGCUUUGUAGGCAGUAGUCAUCUCUACAUUUUUCCAGGCCAAAAAAAAUGCCAAACAUUUUCUUUACAAGAUGUUUUCCAUCUCCUACUGUUGAAUAACUUCUACAGCAGACUGCUUUUUCUGGUGUACUAGUUUGUCAUCUGGAGGUCCUAGAAAUCCUCUACGUGCUCUGUACAAGAGCUAUACUGAAAUUACUGAUCAAAGCUGGAAGCAGCCUGUAGGCUGCCCAGAAUUGUAGCUCAUGCUACACCAAAACCCAAGCCCAAAUUCUCAGCUGUACCACGUAACCCCACUUCUGGAUGAGGACCGGGACGGAUUAGGUGCACACGGCUGCAGUUCCGCAGGAGCUUUGCCCCUCACUGAACAGGAGCACAAAACCUGGUCUGUACUGAUUCAGUUGUAGGCACCAGGGCUUGCUCAGGAAUCCCCAAUGUGAAAAAUGCAUGUAUUUUAUGAUUGGCUUUUUGCAAGUAUUAAAAUGAAUAUUAUAUGUGCUGUGUUAGAAAGUAAUGCUGUAUUCUCUUAAGUACUGUGUUAAAUAUAGUUUUAGGUUAUAAAAAAUGUUAAAAUAGAAACUAUGCUAUGUAGGAUACUUUUUUUAAAGAAAGGACUCGCAGCGAGAUAGCAGCCACAGGACACCUAAAUCUUUCAGAGAAAAAGAAUUUAUUGCCCUCUUCCCACAAGAAACGAACUUCUUCCCGACUCGAAGGCGCUGUUAGGAUUCAGAGGAAGAAGUUGACACUGACCAGACAGAGUCCUGUAUUUGAAUGGAAUUUAUGCAUCAUGUAUGAAGUGUAUGAAUAUGCAACAGGGUAAGGAUUAAUCCUCUGUUAGGUGUCCUUUUUCGGGCUCGUACUGCCCAAAAAAGGUACCCGGACGUCCGUAACUCUUUGGUUCUAUUGUCUCAUAUUGUCCUAAUUCAAAUUAUCCAAAUUAUUAUUACUCUAAUUGUAUUACUAUUUUUAUAACCAUUUUAUUACUAUUAAACUUUUAAAAUUUUAAGAACAA